AUGUCGGGGGGUAGUUCAUCAAAUAGUUUGGAAGAGUAUACAAUGGACCCUGAAAGAUCAUUAGGUUAUGUUGCUGUAGAUACAAAGAGUCAAUUACCUAGAAUACAUUCAUAUAGAAACUCCUAUACGCCAUAUUCGAAUUUACCUCCUAGUCAGUGUUUUCCUAGGAAACGAUAUAUUAUUAUGCCUCCUACAAACACACAAAGAACCGCUGUUCGUUAUUUAAGAACACUCUCUUCGGGUGAAGGAAAAAUUAUCACCGUUACACCGAAACAGCAAGUUUGGGCAAAUGCAUCAUCUAUAACUUCAAACUCUAGUCGAACUCAGUAUGUUCUCAAGAUAAAUCGUCCCAGAGCGGAGGAAUACUCAUCCAGCCCUCCGAGAAAGAUGACACUUUGUGAAGCAAUAAAUAACAUAGAUAGUACAAUUCCUUUACACAUACCAACAGUACCACCAAGUAUGUCUAUAGGUGCAGAAUAUACCGAAGAAGAAAUAGAUGAGCAAGAAGUUUGUCCAGAUAAUGUCGAAACUCCUCAGUUUCCAUGUUUUCCCACAGUUAUAAGACCUAAAGCUGAACAAACGCAAUAUAAUUGCAUGGAGUUGGAUUGCUUCUGGAGAGGCUCGUCUCUUGCUGCUUUGAGGCGGCAUAAUAAUAGUGUGCAUCCAUCCAAGCAGGUACAGAUGAUGCUCGCUAGCAAAAAAAUGACAACGACUGGUGAAAAACCUCCUGCUAAGCCCAAAGGAGUCAGAUGUAGUGAAUGUGAUGUGCUGGCAUAUUCGCGUCCCCUACUCUUAAAACAUAUGACUGAUAAUCAUGGAUUUGAAGCACCUCUGAUAAACCGCACCUUUGAUAGUAGAGAAGAAUUACAGUCUUGGCUCGAAGAGCUUCGUUCAACACAUGCCGUAGAGUUCGUAGUAUCGUCCGGCUCGAAGAAAUGGGGUUAUGGCUUACAGGUUCAUUACCUUACAUGUUCGAGAAGCGGCGAUCAGAAAGAACGGCCUAAUAAGAAGUUCGCUAGACCGCCAAGACCAUCCAUCAAAUGCGGCAAAAACUGCAUGGCUUAUUUGAAGAUUAAGCAAAACCCAGUCACGUCCGUCCUUCAAAUUGAAGGUUGUUUAUAUCACAGUGGUCAUUUAAUUGAUGGGCAUAUGAUAAAACUGACACCUGCUGAACAAAGAAAAAUUCUUGUUAUCAAGGAGCAGUUUGAGAAGAAUCUAAUACAUUGGGAUGCUGAGAACAUGUCAGCUGUACGAGAAAUCCUCGGUGGUGCUGGACGUUUCCGCUUGAUAUCUGACUGCUCUUUGGCAGAUUUAAUACACACUUGGAUAAAAGAACUUUCUGUGAAAACUGAAGUAGUGGAGGAAGAGCCAUCCUUCUAUGACAGCAUUGCUACACCUAUUAAUAAGUUUGAAGAUUUCGAUAUGUUUUCGAGUGGUUUGCUGCUGGACAACUUCGGAGAUGAGUACAGCGAGUCUUCUUUACUAUCGGAUACUCAAUAG